GCUGCCCCUUUCGGCGCCAUGUCGGCCAUGGGGACUCUGGCGUUCGACGAGUACGGGAGGCCUUUCCUCAUCCUGAAGGACCAGGAGCGGAAGACCCGCACGACGGGCCUCGACGCCCUCAAGUCUCACAUAAUGGCCGCUAAGGCAGUUGCAAACACACUCCGAACAUCACUUGGGCCCAAUGGUCUUGAUAAAAUGAUGGUUGACAAGGAUGGUGAAGUGACAGUGACAAAUGAUGGCGCUACCAUUUUGAGCAUGAUGGAUGUGGACCAUCAGAUUGCUAAACUUAUGGUUGAGCUGGCUAAAUCUCAAGAUGAUGAGAUUGGGGAUGGAACCACAGGAGUUGUUGUUCUGGCAGGUGCACUACUGGAACAGGCAGAACAGCUGUUGGAUCGUGGCAUUCAUCCUAUCAGAAUAGCAGAUGGUUAUGAACAGGCUUCUCACAUUGCCCUUGAACAUUUGGACAAGAUCAGUGACAGUUUUCCUGUUGACCCAGAGAAUACUGAGCCCCUCAUUCAGACGGCAAAGACAACUCUUGGAUCUAAAGUAAUAAAUCGUUGCCACAGACAGAUGGCAGAAAUAGCUGUAAAUGCAAUACUGACUGUGGCAGAUAUGGAACGCAAAGAUGUUGACUUUGAAUUGAUAAAAGUCCAAGGCAAAGUUGGUGGUAGACUGGAAGAUACCCAGCUGAUAAAAGGUGUGAUUGUAGAUAAGGACUUCAGCCAUCCCCAGAUGCCUAAAGAAGUUCGUGAUGCUAAAAUUGCCAUUCUGACUUGUCCAUUUGAGCCUCCUAAGCCAAAAACUAAACAUAAGCUUGAUGUAACAUCUGUGGAAGACUACAAAGCAUUGCAGAAAUAUGAGAAGGAGAAGUUUGACGAGAUGGUGAAGCAGAUCAAAGAUACUGGCGCAAACCUAGCUAUUUGCCAGUGGGGGUUUGAUGAUGAGGCCAACCACUUGCUACUGCAGAAUGAGUUGCCUGCUGUCCGUUGGGUUGGUGGACCAGAAAUAGAACUGAUCGCCAUUGCCACCGGAGGGCGCAUUGUUCCUCGAUUUUGUGAGCUCACACCUGAAAAGCUAGGCUUUGCUGGUAUCGUCCGGGAGAUCUCCUUUGGGACUACAAAAGACAAAAUGCUGGUCAUUGAGCAGUGUCAGAAUUCCAGAGCUGUGACCAUCUUUAUUAGAGGUGGAAACAAAAUGAUCAUUGAAGAAGCCAAACGAUCCCUUCAUGAUGCUUUGUGUGUAAUCAGGAAUCUUGUUCGUGACAACCGCAUUGUUUAUGGUGGGGGUGCUUCUGAGAUCUCCUGUGCGCUGGCUGUCAGUGAAACAGCAGACAAGUGCCCCUCUCUGGAGCAGUAUGCCAUGAGAGCUUUUGCCGAUGCUCUGGAGGUCAUUCCGAUGGCACUUUCUGAGAACAGCGGGAUGAAUCCCAUCCAAACAAUGGCCGAAGUGCGAGCUCGCCAAGUGAAGGAGGACAACUCUGCUCUGGGUAUCGAUUGUUUGCACAAAGGGACCAAUGAUAUGAAACAGCAGCAUGUCAUAGAAACAUUGAUUGGGAAAAAGCAACAAAUCUCUCUUGCCACUCAGAUGGUUAGAAUGAUCCUGAAGAUUGAUGAUAUCCGCAGACCGGGUGAAUCGGAAGAAUAACAGCAUAAAACCCAGAAAUGUGGCCACUGAG